AUGUCGAAACAGCAGGGAAAGUAUGAAUUACUCAAAGAAGACACAAAGCUGAGGAGGCAACAUACCUAUAUUCAGAGCUGUUUGCUCAUUGCGCUGUGUGGCAUGUCUAGCCUGACGGUGUACGCCACAUGGACAAUGAUAUAUCGACAGAAUCUAAUUAUACCACCGGCAUUAUUAGAUGUUUCACUACACUGGCGAAACCGUCUUGUGCUGUAUGAGGAAGCAUUACGCCAAACGCUCCAACAGCAGGAACAUAUGCUUCAAAACUAUCCGGACAAUCCCGCAUCCAGUAGCGAUUCGCAAAGAACGAUCGUAAAAAGUAUCUACGCAAACAAUGGGUCCACCGUGCUACCGGACAACAUCUUCCGCGCAACCGAUGCUACCGGUAAGGAUGAGAAGCUCCAAAGCAGUAAACCGUUCGAACCGGUGCGUGUGAAGGAGCUGGACAGUGAGCGAAUAUUUCCCUCUCGCUUCGGCAAUUACAUCUACUCCAAGGAGGCAAUGAACGGACAACCACCGAGUCCGAAAAUCGUUUGCUACUAUACGACGCCCUCGCUGAAUGCUGCCCGACAGCAGGGCAUCAUUGGACGGGGCCACAGUCUGCGCCACAUUCUACAGCCCGACCAUAUCGAUCCGUACCUCUGCACGCACCUUAACAUCGGCAUAAUCGAUAUCGUCAACCACACGCUGUACAUCGAUAAUAACGUGCGGGAAACCUUACUGGGCACGAAGCAGCUCAGGCGGUUGAAUCCCACGCUGCGCAUACUGUUGUGGGUCGGGGGGGCAAGCGUGGGAGGUUUUGCCGAAAUGGUGGAAACCCAUGCCACCCGCAAACUGUUCAUACAGUCGGUAAAGGCAACGUUCGAACUGUACCAUCUCGAUGGGGUUGACCUGGACUGGGAGUUUCCGGAUAAUGGCGGUAAGCGGCGGAUGCAUUUCUCCCAGCUGCUUCAUGAAAUACGGCGCGAGUAUCAGCGUGAGCAUCGUACGUACAUACUGAGUGUGGCCGUUGCGCCACAGGAAACGAUCGCUUAUAUGGCGUACGAUGUGACGGAAAUCAACAGCUACGCCGACUACGUAAAUCUGAUGACGUACGAUUAUCAUUUCUACUCACCCGAUUUACCACAAACAGGACUUAACGCACCGCUGUAUCGCAGAGCAAACGAGCACUCCCUACUCGGAAGGCUGAACAUCAACGAAUCCGUACACUACUGGCUGUCGGCCGGGUUGGAAAAAAGCAAACUAAUACUGGGGCUGCCCACGUACGGCCAUUCCUUCACCUUAGUCAAUCCGUUCAACACCCGUAUCGGUGCACCCGCGUCCAAUUUCGGACGCGUCGGCUCGUUCGGGUUUGCGUCCUACUCCGAAAUCUGUUGGUUCCGCCGGUACAACAUUUACGUGCAUCAGGUUUACGAUGUGGAAAGCUGCUCACCGUACCUGUACUCCGGCAGCGAAUGGAUCUCGUACGAGGACGAACGUAGUCUCGAGUGCAAGGCGAAAUACAUCAAGAGCCACGGUUUCGGUGGUGCAAUGAUCUUUUCGCUCAAUACCGACGAUUUCGGUUCGUACUGUGCGGAUAAUGCACUGUACAGGGAUGACACCGGUACGCCCAGCCAGCAGGCGAGCUUUCCACUGUUACGCAAGGUGCGGUCGGUGCUGGUGGACACCGAGCCAAACAAAACUGCGACAAACCAUCAUCAGCAGCUGGACGGUGUGUCUACGAUGCCGUUGGGUGCCACAAAGGAUCGGGAUCGCAAAGGAGGGGACAACCGGUGA